AUGUCUUCAGCAGCGAAGGCUGGCCCUAAGAUCAUCAACCCCAAAGACCGAUGGCUGGCCAAGGGAGCGGGAGAUGCUGUUGAUACGGUCACCAUGGCAUCACUCGAACCAUCCGACUCAGAGACGAUCAUCUUGAGCAGCGACCAAUAUUAUCUCAUUUGCAGCUAUAAUUGGGUAAAUAAGACUCAGCCAGCUGUCUAUGUUCCAGUCAAGCCAGACUCAGGUCGCCAGUUCGUCGAUCAAAAUGCGGCAAGGAUCCCUGAUUAUCCUUUCGAAGUCGUAUUCCAGGCUGCAGAGAUGAUGAAUCCGACUGUCCGCUUCGACGACAUCGACGUGCUUACCAAUCGAAACAGCUUGCGCAAAUUCUUCGAAUUCUGCAAGGGCCGCGCCCAGGACAGCUUUCGUGUCAAUUUGUAUCUCGUCAACAACACUUUGAUCAUCGAAAGAUGUGUAAGAUCGACAACAGAGUUUUUAUACGGGUCUGGAGGUUCAGGCUUCGGCCACAAUUUUGAAAAAGCCGCGACACGACUGCCUCCAGGCCUCGAGAACAGCUUGGGUCAUCACCGCGUGCUCCAAUAUGACUUUGGAGGACUGAAGUGUGCUGUUCGUUUCGAAGUGGAUGCUUCUUAUGAGGAUCCUGAAAUCGCAGGGCCAACUCAGCGCCAAAGUCCGAAAGUUGAGGCACUUGGCGAGGAAAUUGAGUCUCUCGCGACGGGGUUGUCUACGAUGGUAAUGAGCGAAGAUGGUGGAGGGCCUACCAUUGGAUCAGCUAACACAAUUCGCUGUGGCAAAGGCACGGCACAAACGAGUGUGGCGGAGCUGAAGAGCAUACAAAAUCACCGUACGAAGCCAAAGCAGGCAUGGCUCCCGCAGCUCUGGUUUGGACGGACGCGAUACUUGAUCAUUGGCCACCAUGAAAAGGGCAUAUUCGACAGAGUUCGUGUACAAGAUCUGAAGGAAGAACUUGAGGUCUGGGAGAGAGAUGGCGUGAACCAAAAGGCUCUGCAAAAGAUGGCUGUAUUGCUUUCGCGCCUUCGGGACAUCGUCCGCACAAAUGACACUAAGGCUUGUGUGCUCAUCUACGAGAAGGCUGUCAAACCUCCUACUUUGCGGAUUCAUACAUCCACCACUGGAAGAGGGGUACUGCCGGGCUCUGUGGUAAGGAAAUUCUGGGAUACAGCAGCGCACUAA